CUGUAGAAAGGGGCGGAGAGAUCCAGGAGCUGCCUAGCCGGGAGCUGAGCUGAGGUCGGCUGAGCCCUGGGACAGCCUGCACAGCAGCUCAGGAUGGCAUCAGGCAGGGCACGUUGCACCCGAAAGCUCCGGAGCUGGGUGGUGGAGCAAGUGGAGAGCGGGCAGUUCCCAGGAGUGUGCUGGGAAGAUGCGGCCAAGACCAUGUUCCGCAUUCCCUGGAAGCACGCAGGCAAGCAGGACUUCCGGGAGGAUCAGGAUGCCGCCUUCUUCAAGGCCUGGGCGAUAUUUAAGGGAAAGUACAAGGACGGGGACUCGGAAGGCCCUGCUAUCUGGAAGACUCGUCUGCGCUGUGCUCUGAACAAGAGUUCUGAGUUCCAGGAGGUUCCUGAGAAUGGCCACAGGGAUGGGGCUGAGCCCUACAAGGUGUACCGGCUGCUGCCACCCGGAACCCUCCCCGCUCAGCCAGGGACCCAGAAAUCACCGUCAAAGCGACACCACAGUUCUGUGUCCUCUGAGAGGAGGGAGGACGAGGUUACCACGAAGAACUGCAUACUCAGCCCCUCCUUGCUCCAGGACCCCCUCAAAAAUGAGCUGGUGGAGACCAGUGGGGGAGCAGCCUACUCAGACUCCGGGAGCAGCAGCAGCGGCAACAGCCCUGAGCCUCAGGAAGGUAGGGACACAGCUGAGGCCCCUCUCCAAGGAGAUCUGGUGUCCCCAGAGCUUCUGCCCCCUCCAGGUUCAGACUACUCUCUGCUGCUCACCUUCAUCUACGAUGGACGUGUGGUGGGUGAGGCCCAGGUGCAGAGCCUGGACUGCCGCCUCGUGGCUGAGCCCUCGAGCACCCAGUACGGCAUGGAGCAGGUGAUAUUUCCCAAACCCGGCCCACGAGAGCCCACCCAGCGCUUGCUGAGCCAGCUCAAGAGAGGGGUCCUGGUGGCCAGCAACUCCCGAGGCCUCUUUGUGCAGCGCCUUUGCCCCAUCCCCAUCUCCUGGAAUGCGCCCCAGGCUCCACCUGGUCCAGGCCCGCACCUGCUGCCCAGCAACGAGUGCGUGGAGCUCUUCAGAACCGCCUAUUUCUGCAGAGACCUGGCCAGGUACUUCCAGGGCCUGGGCCCCGCACCCGAGUUCCAGGUGACACUGAAUUUCUGGGAGGAGAGCCCUGGCCCCAACCACACCCCACAGAGUCUUAUCACAGUGCAGAUGGAGCAGGCCUUUGCCCGACAUUUACUGGAGAAGACUCCAGAGGAUCAGGCAGCCAUCCUGUCCCUGGUGCAGAGCGUGGAGGACCCGGCCUCCUUCUCCUCUCUCUGUUCCUCCUAUCUGCUUUGAGAGAGCCUCUUCCUCCACACUCUUGACCUGCCUCCCACGGUGAUCAUUCUCAUUGGUUGUCUGUGGUGAUUUAGUCCUUGAACUCCUCAUAGACCCUGGUUGGUGGGGAACUCAAGGAUGACUUUUUUUUUUUUUUUUAAUUUUGAGAUAUACCCUCUUUCGUCUCUGAGGAACUGAACUGGGCAAGUCCAGAUGGCGUGAACUCAGGGGACCUUUCCCUCUGCCCGCAACCCUAAAACCUAGCACUUUAUAUUUUCUUAGAUCUUCACUAAGGAUUGAAAAUAAAAUUUUAUUGAAAAGGAAUCAGCAUCGGAUUUGUUGAGAGAAGAAGGCAGCAGGGUCACAGAGAGAUGAUGGGGAUGUAACCUGAGGGCAGGGCACUCGGGUUCUCUUCCUGCUGGCAUCUCUGGGCCCCUUUCCUCUCCUCCAACCACAGGUUCGGGCUAGCAAGCUGUCUGGGCUAGGAAGCUUUGGGUUCUGGGCCUGGCUCUCUGUACCCUCUAGGCAACCAGGAUUAGGGAGAGGGUUGGGGUCAGCCAAAAAGAGGGGCACUGAGCCUAUGGCCACUGUAGCCGCCUUCGUAAGGGAAAUCCGGUGUCCACAGUCCUUGGCUAGAGGCCUCCGAUUCAGCCUAGGGUUGGACUCUGGCCUGGAGGUCUCAAUGAACAGACCUGAAACGAUGAGCUAGAGGCCCUGGGGCCUGGCAGGGGAGGAAAUCAGAGGGAAGAGUGGCCGAGCCUCCUGUGCCCUGGUGCCUCUUCUCCCAGUACCCGGGGCACUGUCACCCCAACUGAAGGCUGCUCCCAAACAGGUCUCCUCACUCUACCUGAGCGCCACGACAGACAACAUGGCCUAGACUGCCACAUCACCAGCACUCUGUCUGCUGGGAUCCCAGGGGUCCAAAUCCACCAACACUACUCUCCCUUGCCCCGUGUUUAUCUUGCUCCCAAACUGGUAGUUCUUCUUCACAAGGCCACCGGUCAUCCUACCUCAUCCUACACUAAUCUCCACCAGACUAGUUCACCGCUUAACCCAACUGCCACAGCCUCCAGCUUCCCGCUUCCCGUACAUGACACCAAAUUGGCGGAGAGGUAGCCUCCCAGACCAGCUCCUUCCUGCCAUGUCACUUUUAUAAGCUUUGAGUGGCUCACUGACAUGAUCAAAUCUGGAUGUCUAGAUUCUUGAGGAACUUCUUGCUGUCUCACCUGACAAACUUCACUGCUUUUGAGCCUUUCUGCCUCCUUGGACCUUCCUUGUCUUCAGUCUCUCUCAUCGUCAUCCUGAGAAGCCAGGAACCCCAACAGGCAUCUGCAUAGGCAGUGAGGAAAUUGGAUACUGAGUGUGGAGGUGCACAGGCUCUGCUGAAAUCCCUCCUGGACCUUCACUUCAUUUUUCUGUUAUACCCCACAUCCAACCCAUCAGCAAAUCCUAUCAUUCCUUCCUUCAAAAUCUAUCCUGAAUCUGACUCUGCUUCCCUCACCAAGACUGGUUCAAACACCAUCAUCUCUCACACCUCUUCUUUCUGCUUCCUUCCACAUCUUUUCUGCUUCCACUCUUGUCCACCUUCAGCCCAUUCUCAACACAGAAGAGAUCCUCUUAACACAUAAAUCUUAUCAUGUCAUUCCUCUGCUUGAAAUCCUCCAUUGGCUUUCAAUUCACUCAGGGUAAGAGCCCAAAUCCUUGCAAUGGCCUUCAAGGU